AUUUCUACGUGUACAUUGAACUGAUGAAAGGAAACAAGAAACAAUGAAAGAGAAAGACUUGGACGCGAAAUAGGCAGCAGUGAAAAUAAGGCUUUCAAUUUAAUAUUAUAAGAUAAAAUUCUGUUCGCAACUGUCUCAAUGGCAGGCCACAAUCUCAACGAUGAACGGGAGCGGUCUGCGGACGUUGAGUUUGAUCGGAGUUUACAGUUUUCUUCCAUGUUUCUCUCGGAGCAGGUACUCAGGGGUCUAACACGGAACAACUAUAUUCACCCGUCGCCGAUACAGGCACGUGCGAUUCCAUUGGGCAAACUUGGAAUAGAUUUGUUAGUACAGGCGAAAUCUGGAACCGGAAAAACACUAGUAUUUGCAGUACUGAUAACUGAAAUGCACUGUCCGGAUGUGUUAUUCCCGCAGUCCCUUACGAUUGUACCUACUAGGGAAAUCGCCGUACAGAUUGAGCAGGUAUUGAACCGAAUCGGUUAUUCGGUUCCUAGUUUCAGAGCGCGAAGUUUUAUCGGUGGAAUGGAUAUAACACAGGACAGAAAAAAUAUGCAAAACUGUUCUGCUGUAAUCGGAACACCUGGUCGUAUUUUGCACUUGAUUAAAAAUAAUAUCCUAAACACAACAGCAAUCCGCGUACUUGUACUGGAUGAGGCUGAUUCAUUGAUCACCGGGACAUUACAAUCUGAUGUGGAUCAUAUUAUCAAUUCACUUCCUGUAAAACGACAGACGGUGAUGUGCAGUGCCACUUUUUAUCAAAACCGUGACAGAAAACUACUAAAGUAUUUGAAUGAGAAAUUUAUUGGCGUAACUCCGAAAAAAGAGGUUCCUGUUUUACAUGGUAUUCGGCAAUUCGUGCGAGAAUUGCCGGAUGCGAAAGACAAUAUUAAGGAGGUUAUGGGAAAGAUUGCUGAAUUGAAUCAGAUUCUGAAAAAGGUUCCUUACAAUCAGUGUUUGGUGUUCACCAAUACGCAGACAAAAGCUGAUACCUAUCGUGGUUAUUUAAACCGAGCCGGCUGGCAGGCUGAGGUUAUCCGUAGCGGCCAGGAACAACGGGUUCGGCUUAAGACAGUGGAAAACCUCCGGGAGUUCCGUUGUCGGAUUCUAAUCGCAACCGAUUUAUUAGCGCGGGGAAUCGAUGCUGAGAAUGUGAACCUAGUAAUAAACGUGGAUGUUCCAAAGGAUAAUUCGAUUUAUCUCCACCGAAUUGGUCGAGCCGGCAGAUUUGGAACGAAAGGUAUUUCUAUAACCUUGCUUUCGUCGGCCAAAGAUACUGAACGCUUUCGAAAAAUUUUACACGAUAUUGGUGGACCAGAGAUGUUCGUUUAUCAACUACCUUCUGCAGAUAUCGAAGAAAUAUGGAAUUUUGAUCAGUACGCCAAGUAUGGAAAAAUUUACGCAUCAACAUUGGAGCAGGAAAUUCGAGAAAGGGGUGCGGAUAAAUCAUUGUUGGAAACAAUUCAGGAAGUCGAUUCCCGAACCGAAAUAGAGCGUAAAUCAUCGGAGAACCUCGAAGAUAGUUUGGAGGAAGCAUCCAAGAAACGUGUAGAUUCAGUACUCGAGGCGGAUUCGAUUGAACAAAUGUUGCACAAGAAAGAAUUGACUGUGACCACCGCUGAUGAGCAAGAAGAAACAGUUGAACGUAUAAUAUCGCUCGAUGCAGGUGCGAUGACAGUAACAGCUGAAGUAGACACGCAGAAGCAAAGUGUCGAUCCGAAGAAUCUUUCGAACGUGGCGUUCGAUCAGACAUUAGUCGAUGAUGGUUUUGAGUGUGAUGACCUGAAUUCUGACACUCAUCCAAAUUCUGUGGAAGAGAUUGGAAGUCAAAUCAAUGCUGAUAACUUGUUCACAGAUAACGAUAACAACUUAUGUGAAACGAAAUCUUCAACAUACAACGGUAUUUUACAACUCAAAGAUGAAGAAACACAGAAAAUCAUCUCUGUCUCUGUCUCUAAUGGUAAUGGAUCCUCAAAAGUUGAUGAACUGUUUUUGGCGGCGAUGCACAAGUUGCAACUGGCAGAUACAGAAGAGUGUACUUCUUUGAAAACAUCGCCUAUUGGAAACGAAUCUUUUGCUGAAUCUAAAUGUUCUCAUGAAAUUGAUCAAAUUUUUCCUGAAGCAAUAAGCGAUCUUGAGCAACAAAAUUUAAUAAAGACUGAAAAUACCUUUUCCAUCGAGGUAAAGGCUGAAUUUGCUGGUGAAAAGACAUCGGCAAACAUUACGGGGUGUUCGCACCAUGUAAAACGAGACGUUGAUGUGAUUCCUGAAAUAUUGCUGGCCACAGUCAAUGGAGAGUUGGACAGUAAAAAAAAAUCCGUAACCGAUGAUUUGUUUCUUGCAGCGAUGAACAAGAUUGAUUUUGGGGAUGAAGUAAAGCCACGACAGGAUGCACAAGACCAAUCACUACCAUCACUGACUCCUUCAUCACCGGAAAUCAGUUGCUCUACUCCAGAAUCUUGUUUUACCACAGAUAGUUCCUUCAGCUCAAACACCACUAAAAAGGUAGAAGUUGGAUCUGAUUUUACAACUCCUAAUUCUCGAGUACAGGGUAUUCGCAGUGCUGUACCGGCACAUCAAGUGAGCUCAUCCGCUUCAGACAGUUCAUCCGACACCAGUCAAACUUCAGAUCCGGUAGUACCAAUGCCUGAUCAAAAUUGUCUUCCGUUGGAGGUGAACAACGAUGCUCUGUUUGCAAAAAUUAUGGAACAGAAGGAAAUGGAAGUAGGUCAUCAGCAGCGGCCGUUCCAAUUUUCCAUUGACGGUUGCAGUCUUGAAGUUCACGACGAUCCGGUUAGUGAUCGAGACAUCGAUUCUCGCAAAGGGUCUGUUCCAGAUGUUGUUCCCUGCGGAAUUACAAUGGAUCCGUCCCGCCUUCACAAUCAACCGACAUCCACUAUGGACGAGCAAGCGGCAUCCGGUUUUGAUCUCAAUUCAAAUACAUGCGGUUCUAAUCAUGGAUCUGUUUUUGAACAUGAAGAAGAAAUAGUCAUUCCGCAAGAUGAUCCGCCAAAACGAAUUCGAUUCCAAGAAGAUGAUUUAUCACUGGAUUUGCUCGUUAAUUCAGAGAAUGCCUUCGAACUUGAAGCUCAGAUCGAGCAACAACAAGACCCGAGGCUUGAUCUUGCUCCACGUACGGACGCAAGAGCAGCUACCGAAGAUAUCGAGGACGCCAGCUCAUACUCUUCGGAAUACGACAGUGAGAUGUCCAAUUCAUCGUUCUUCGAUCAGCGCGAGUGGGAUAGAGAAGAAAUAAGUACUGCAGUUGCGGAAGCCGAAGGUAAAUCGGGUCGAUCAAGAAACGCACGCAAAUCGUCUGCUAGGAAUGAAGAUCGCACCAUUUUGUAUCAUCGAAUUUACGCCAACUGGAGUAAUCAGUACUGGAACCAAAUGACAAUGAUUCGAGACUAUACGCGCUAUUCGAGCUAUACCAGACGCAAUAUUUGCCAUAAUUGCCAACCGAAGCGUUAAGGGAGCGUAAAAGCGGUAAAAUACCACAGAAAUUGCAGCAACACCAGAACAUAUGAUGUGAUGUUACUAAUUAGAUUUACUUUCGCAGCGAAGGUCAUUUUUCGUUACUAUCUCGAUGCAUUCUUAACUAUUUAAACCGAAUUUGCAUACAUAUUUAUUUGCAGUACAUAAUAAACGUUCAAAAUUUC